AAACUGUAUCAAUAAAACCUGCAAUGGAUCCAGAAUUAAACACUAACCUUAUCUUCAUCAAAUCCUUCGUUUUUGCAUUCAUGCUUUAUGCUCUCUUCAAAUGGUUCUUGAAGAAACAAGAUUCAAUGGCUGCUACGAAGCUGCCACAGAGCCCCCCAUCUUUACCAUUCAUUGGUCACCUUCAUUUGAUAGGCCAAGUAUUGCCUGUCUCAUUCCAGAAUCUAGCUCGCAAGUAUGGCCCACUCAUGAAGAUACGGCUCGGUGCUUCUAAGUGCGUUGUGGUCUCAAGCUCUUCGGUGGCGACAGAGAUUUUCAAGGAGCAAGAGCUUAAUUUCUCUUCGAGACCUGAGUUUGGUUCUGCUGAGUAUUUCAAGUAUAGAGGGUCCAGAUUCGUCCUUGCGCAGUAUGGAGAUUACUGGAGGUUCAUGAAGAAGCUGUGCAUGACUAAGCUUCUUGCUGUACCACAGCUGGAGAAAUUCGCUGACAUCCGUGAGGAGGAGAAACUGAAGCUGAUCGAGUCUGUGGCUAAGUGUUGCAGAGAAGGGUUGCCUUGUGACUUGAGUAGCCAGUUCAUAAAAUACACCAACAAUGUAAUCUGCAGGAUGGCGAUGAGCACGAGGUGUUCAGGUACUGAUAAUGAAGCGGAAGAGAUAAGGAAGCUGGUGAAGACAUGUUUGGAGCUUGCCGGGAAAAUCAGUGUAGGAGAUGUGUUGGGGCCAUUGAAAGUACUGGAUUUUUCUGGGAACGGGAAGAGAUUAGUGGCUGUAAUGGAAAAAUAUGACCUGCUUGUAGAGAGAAUUAUGAAAGAACGUGAGGCAAAAGCGACAAAGAAAGAAGGUACCAGAAAGGAUAUUUUGGAUAUAUUGUUGGAAACUUACAGAGAUCCCACUGCUGAAAUGAAGCUAACGAGGAAUGACAUGAAAUCUUUCCUGCUGGAUGUGUUUAUGGCGGGAACAGAUACAUCAGCAGCAGCAAUGCAGUGGGCAAUGGGGCAACUACUAAACCAUCCACAAGCGUUCAACAAGUUAAGAGAAGAAAUCAAUACCGUUGUUGGAAGUAAAAGACUGGUCAAAGAAUCAGACGUUCCUAACCUCCCUUACCUUCGAGCUGUCUUAAGGGAAACUCUGAGGCUCCACCCUUCAGCUCCUCUGAUCAUAAGAGAAUGCGCAGAAGACUGCCAGGUGAACGGGUGCCUUGUCAAGUCAAAAACACGUGUACUCGUAAAUGUCUAUGCAAUCAUGCGAGAUUCAGAACUAUGGAAGGAUGCAGACAGAUUCAUUCCCGAGAGAUUUCUAGAGAGCUCUGAAGAGAAGAUAGGUGAACAUCAGAUGGAGUUCAAGGGACAGAAUUUCCGUUACCUUCCGUUUGGGAGUGGAAGAAGAGGAUGUCCAGGAGCAUCCCUUGCCAUGAAUAUGAUGCAUAUAGGUGUGGGUUCAUUGGUGCAGCGCUUCGACUGGAAGAGUGUUGAUGGACAGAAGGUCGAUCUGAGCCAAGGUUCUGGUUUUUCUGCUGAGAUGGCUCGACCACUAGUGUGCAACCCUGUGGAUCACUUUAAUACUUUCUAACUUUCCAAGUGCUUUCUUACCCAAGAAUUAUAUGUAUAAAAGAACCAUGGUUCUGUAUCAUUUCAAAGCUCUUACAUAAAACUUGUUUUCCAAUAUGGUCCUUAAAUCAAUAUGAUAAAUAACACAUCUGCUUACUGUAACUACAUAUGCAUAUAA